AUGUCCAAAUCUCCAUCGUUCUCACUUUCAAAUUUACCAACAUCAUUUUUAAAAUUUCUUAAAGUAAGCGAAAUAGAUCCCGCAGUAUAUACAAUUCAAAACUUACCUAGAUAUAUCCGAAUAAAUUCAUGUCAAUAUAAUGAACAUUCACAAUUACAAAUUUGUAAAGAACUAGAAGAACAAAUUGGAACAAAAAUAUGGCCUGUAAAAGGAAUCGAUGAAGGAAAGAUAUUUGGUAUUGAUUUAAGUUCGGGGAUCGCUGUUUACGCUCUUGAUAUUCAUCCAAAUGAUCAUAUUCUGGAUUUAUGUUGUGCGCCGGUUGAUAUUUCACGUGAUCGCGCAGCAACGUGUCGAAGUUUAUUAAAAAAAUACAAGAUAAGUCGAGCUAGAUUGUUUGUCGCAGAUGGUACAACUUUUAAUGUAUCUGCGCCAUCUUUUUUGGAAUCGAUAAUGCAAAUGAUUAGUAAGAAUGAACAACAAAAGUUAGGUGAAAAUUACACAUCAUCAAAAGGGAUGGCAGAAGAAAUGGCAAAAAUAAAGAGUCAAGAGAAAUAUGAUAAUGAACCAAAUGAUAAAAGCCAGAAACGAAUCAAGCCAUUUUGGGCACCAAAAAUGUUGCGGAAUGAUCCACCAAUAAAUAAUCUCUGGGAUCUUCAA